AUGAAGAAGCGGCGACAGUGCACGCGGAACACGUCCCGUUCGCCAGGAAGUUCACCGACGUCUUUCCUCGAAAGUUUGCCCGUUAAAACAAAAAGCUCGUACGAUCUGAAACGUCGUUGUCUGCAACGUGGCAGCCCGAAAUCGCAGAUAAAGGGCGCAGACUGUACCGUCGAGUCAGUAUUGAAAAGAGAUGCAUUCGGCUCAUUGGAAUCUUUGUUCGAUCUUAAGAAGCCUUUGAACUUACCGGACGUAUACUCGUUAUCGGUCGAAUACCGUCAGGAGGGACAUGUUCCUCCGUUCGAGUCGGGAAAAAAUACUAGAAACUUGUUAGAAUCGAUACCUUUACAACAACGAUCGGAUCUUGAGCCACACAUUCUCGAGCAGAAUAUUUGGCAGUCAUAUGACGAUCGGAAAGGUAAACCGGAAGCGAUCAAGGAGGAGCCAGCCGUUGAAUCGACGGAAUCAGAAGAAAUUAGAAGUUCGAAACCUGUAGAAGAGGAAUCGUCAACUAUGGCUGACAACGAGGCUGACGAGACAGCCACGCAAGAAGCUGAGGCAGAGGAAAAUGAAGAAACGACAGAAGAUACUCCGCAGGAUGAAACCGAUGAAAAACGGGAAAAAGAUAAAACCGUAGACGAUGAAAUAGUUUCCGUGGAGCUUCCGGAUUUUCCACUUCCUUCUGGUGUUGGCGAAGGCGCUCAAAUGAAACCUGGCGGUCGAAAUGAAUCUUUAUUGAGCUCGUCACCUUUGACCGACGCCGCGGUGAUCGAGGAAAUGAAGAAAGCCGACGAACGGUGCGCCGUUAUCAUGAAAGAAAUCGAGGAAUUGAAGCUGGAAAUUGUCGUACUCACAGAGAAGAAAGAAUUAUCGGAGGAGGACACGCAGGCGCUUCGGACUAAGCAGGAGGAAGUAAUGACGAAACUAGCGGAAGUCGAGGAAAUAACACGACAAUUGCAAAAGACAUUGGGUUUGUCCGAUUUCUCGAGCGCAACCUUCUGCAAACUGUUCGACAUCCUACCGUAUCCGCACACGAGACCCAGUUUGGCGCGUAUUAAUCAUAAUAUAGAACAAUAUUCGAAGACCGUCGAAGAAGAAAAGCCAUUGAAGCCUGAGGAUCUAUUCGAUCUGCCUCAAAUCGAAUAUCCAGAGGACAAGCUUCCAAGGGUAAUCGUUUGCGGGCAUACGGAAGACGAAGUUCCAAAGGUUGUGGUGGCGGACAGUAAGAAGAGGGGUAAAGACCGAUCUCUCAAGAAUCUGACGGGGAAAUUGACAGAAUCGUUGACGAUGCAAGAAAAAUUGGCGCUGGAGAAUGCUCAGCUUGAGGGCGGAAAAUACAAAUUAGAGGAGGCAUUAUUGGAGAAGGAUUCAGCGGUCGAGAGCCUUCAGAGGAAGGUAUGCGGGCUACAAGCUGAAAUGCGAAUAGUCGUGAAGGAAAACACGGAACUGACCCGUCAGAUAGCUUCCUUGAAUCAACGUAUCAUCAGCCCUUGCUGUUACCCCUGUUCAGGUGAAAAUCAUUCGCCAGGAUCGAGCCCGUCCCCUUAUCGUUCGUUUUCGUACACCACCACUGCCAGACAGGACGACGACUAUUGCGCGUGCAAGUGCUGUCUUCAACCGCAAUUCGCUGAGACUUUGUCGCCCAACGGCAAUUCUAUAUGCGUGAGACGAAAUAGUCAAACGUUUUUAAACAGCGGAGAUUCACCCAGACUUGCGGGUGGCGCGUCGAGAACAGGGGCUUUACUAAGUGGUGCUUCCUCCCAAGACGAAGAAAUGUGUUGCCGGACUCCCGCAGCUGCUAAGCAAUCAUGCCCGCCGCCACCGCCCAGGGGAACAUGCCCCGAGGAACUGGAGAACCAACUUGCGUCUUAUGGCAACAACACCAAACAGCUACAACAACAAUUAGGCAGCAUGGAAUGGGAAGUGCGUAACAUGCAGAUAGAACUUGCGAACGUGCAACGGGAGCGUCAGCAGUUGGAGCAGCAACGUAAGUUGCUGAAAUGCACCGGUCCCUGCGCACCUUGCGGUUGUUGUCCACCACCGCCAGGAAACCUUCAAGCUUCCGGUUCACCGCCUUACAUACCGCCCACGCUACCACCACAGCCGCCACCACCGUCAUCCGCGCCUCUUCCCAAGAUGCCACCCGCGCCAUCCUCAACCUGUACUGGUCCCUGUAUAAACGCGCCUAUGGGCGCCAGCACGUGUCCUCAGCAGCAGUUGCGUGAUCUUCGCGAGCAAUACGCGCGUCUGCAGGACGAUUACAAAAAUAAAUUAUGCGAGGUUUCGUGUUUAAGAACGGACGCCGAGAAGCUUAAGCAACAAACACGCGAGGCGAUCGAGGAGAGAGAGAAGUUAGACAUCAAACUGAUAGACGCUCAGGAACGUUUAAAAGCGAUCGAGGCUGAGAAAGACAAAUACGAAGGUUUUAAGGAGCAAAUGGUCGAGCACGAGCAACAAUUGAUCGUUAUUAAACAACGUUUCCGGGAAUCGCAAGACGAAGUGGAAGAAUUGCGAUCACUGAUACAAGAUCAAUCCGCGCAGCUCGAGGAUUAUCGUAAUAAAUAUUUACAGGCGCAACAACAAGUCGAAGAGCAACGCCGUCAACUCGACCUCAUGGAAAUGGAUAACGCGCGAAUGAACGAGAACGUGACAUUAGAAAUUGGUCGUGUUAAGAAUCAAUUCCAAGAGAAACUCGCUGAAUUAGCACCGCUGCCGGAUCUUCUGAAGCAAACGCAGGUAAAGUUGCAGGAAGCGCAACAGAUGCGUUUGGUCGCCGAAAGGAACUACGAGGAUCUCACGCGGGAGCUAAUCGGGUGCAAAGACAAGGUCCAAACUUUGCAAAAUCAGUUGGAUGUUCUGCGCAACGAGUAUCAAGCUCUUCAGGAGGAAAGAGGCAGUGGUACAGGACGGUUCGAAGAACUGGAAAAGAAGAAUUCUGAAUUACGGCACGAGAAUGAACGCAUGAAGAAUACACUCGCCAGAUUCGAGGAGCACGAAGCGCAGUUGCAGAAACGGAUCGACGAGAAGAUGCACGAAAUUACUCAGUUGACGGCGAUGCUUGAUCAGGUUCGAGAAGACUCGGCCAGACAGGUAGCAAGGACGAAAGAAAGAUGCGAGACUGUGAGAAGAUCGAUGCAAGGUCAGAUAGCAGAGAUGGAGAGACAGCUGGCUCAGUGCAGAGCCACUGCGAGAGCUGCACAGAAGGACAGAGAUGAAAUUAGACAAAAGAUGCAAGGUCAAAUAAACAACCUAAACGAGGCUUUCGAGCAGGCUCAAGGACGUAUAAGGUCACUCCAAGGUCACGUAAAUUAUUUGAAGACAUCGUACAGUAAUAUCUUUAAGGGUCAAGGGGAGGCACCUCCUGGUGUUUUGCCUGGCGAACCCGGCGCAGGAUUUGAUUCCUGUGACUGCAAUUACUAAUAGGAGAUUUAUGCU